AUGGUCUCGCCACAGUCGCGCAAGAGGCCUGCCUCACGAUCCCCAGAGCCCGCACGAUAUGGCAAGCGGACUAUCACAUCCUCUCCGGAAGAGGGCGAGGUCGACGACAACCCGCCACCGGUUACGAAGCCCAUAAUCCAGCCUAUUUCAUUACCUCAAAAACCAGCUACGACAAGCAGCAAAAAUAUUCCAUUUCCCUUUAAGAAGAAAACGGACGCCCCGAGAAAUGGUGCUGGAGGAGUGACAGGAGAUUCGCAGGGAAAACCGUUGAAUGUGUUCGAGGCACUGGAAGAAAAACAGGCGAAAAAGAAGGACGAUAUGUUCAAGCAGAAUCCUCGACACAAUGCAAGGCAGAAUGGAGACCACUGGGAGCCUAAUUUGACUGUCCAGCCGGGCUCUCUGCUUUCCAGAAUGGCGCCACUGCCUGGUGGAAGCCAUUUUGCGGCUCCUCGUGACAAUGGCAGAGACCACCGAGAUCGGAGUCGGCGGUCGCCAUCCCAUUAUUCCCCUCCUAGACGCCGCUCCCCCAGUCCCCAGCAUAGAGACACCAGGCAUAGACCUGUAGAAACCAGCAACUUUAGCCCUCUCAACAACCCCCGCGAACGCUCUCGGGAGCGGGGACGAUACGACAGAGGCAGCAGGAGCAAAAGUCGGAGUCGCAGCAGAAGCAGAGACGACUACGCGCGGCGGGAUGACUACUCUCGACGAUACAGAGACGACCGCCACCACUACCGCGGUGAACAUCGCCAGGACAGCCGUGCGUGGACACACCGGGGCGACACCUACCAAGACCGACGAGGGUACAACGAACGCCGGUACGACAACCGCCACGCCACUGACACAUACCGCCCCGUUUCUCCUCGCGCGCCCUCUCCUGGUCCCAGCCGUUCUGCCCAACCAAGCCCACCGCCACCGCCUUCUUCGCCGCCGCCGCCACCCCCGCCUGCAAGUCGACCUUCUGUGUCCAACCCUCCUCCUCCUCCACCUGCCCCAAGCCUUCCUCCACCGCCGCCCCCUUCCGACACCCCAGUUCCUCCCUCAUGUCCUCCCCCAGCACCACCUCCACCUCCAGUUGACGACGGCCCACGACCCCCAUCAUCAUCUCCUCCGCCUGCACCACCUCCAGAUAUGCGACUGAAAGACCGCCCGAUGCCAUACGCAAAACCUGCAAUACAAAGACCGGAUGCACCGUCUGAUCGACACUCGCCGCCACCCUUGAAUGUUCCGUCCGGCUCGACGGCCAAAGCGAUGGCGCGUGGACCCGAUCGGAGGGAUACAUCGACUUCGCAGACGCAGCGGAAAGAGCAGGGUGAAGUGACGGAACGCCCUAAGGAACCUGAACGCCCCAAGGUCGCUUUGAUCAAGAGGAGAAAUGUGAUGAGAAGGCCGGGCAAGUUGGAGGUGCAGGCGUAUGGACAUGGGUUUGCGGGGUGCGGGCAGCAGUCUGAUUACGAGGCGACGACUAAAUUGGGUGAAGGAACAUUCGGGGAGGUACAUAAGGCUAUUCAAAAAUCUACGGGUGUCGUGGUUGCACUGAAGCGGAUUUUGAUGCACAACGAGAAGGAAGGCAUGCCUGUUACCGCCCUCCGCGAGAUCAAGAUUCUGAAAGCGUUGAAACAUCCAAGUAUCAUCAGCAUCUUGGAUAUGUUCGUCGUUCGAAGUUCGGAUAAAGAUCCUCUGUCAGUUUAUAUGGUGUUUCCGUACAUGGACCACGAUCUCGCGGGGCUCCUUGAAAACGAACGUGUGAAACUACAACCGAGCCAUAUCAAGCUGUACAUGAAGCAGCUUUUGGAAGGGACGGAAUACAUGCAUCGGAACCAUAUAUUGCACCGCGACAUGAAAGCCGCGAACCUCCUCAUCUCGAAUGAUGGUACACUGCGCAUCGCGGACUUUGGAUUGGCGCGGUCGUUUCACUCUGGCGCUUCGAAUCCCCUUCCUUCCUCUUCUUCAUCGGCGGCGGAUGGUAGUGGACAUCGGAGUCGGGAGAGAAAGUACACGAACUGUGUGGUGACGAGGUGGUAUCGACCCCCUGAGCUCCUGUUGGGUGCGAGACAUUAUGGUGGGGAGGUUGAUAUUUGGGGUAUUGGGUGUGUGUUGGGAGAAAUGUUCACUCGAAGACCUAUUUUGCCGGGUACUUCGGAUCUUGACCAGCUCGAAAAGAUAUGGAAUCUUUGUGGAGCGCCGAAUCAGCACAACUGGCCGAAUUACGACUUGCUUCCUGGAUGUGAGGGUGUGACGAGGUUUAAUAGUCAGCCGAGGAGGUUGAGGCAGACAUACGAGAGUGUUGGACCGGAGACGGUGGAUCUAUUGGAUAAGUUGUUGAUGUUGAAUCCGAAGGGAAGGCUUACAGCCGCCCAAGCGCUGGAACAUGAUUACUUCUGGACAGAUCCGUUACCCGCUGAUCCAAAGACGUUGCCCACAUACGAAGCCUCUCACGAAUUCGAUAAGCGCGGGCACAGGAAUCAUCAGCCAAUACAUCAAGGCCCACCUCCGGGCAUCCUCCAUCCGAACCAGCAGAGGCCUCCUGGGAACCCACCGUUUAACAGGAAUGGCCCGCCGAGGGGGUUCCCGCCGCCCCAACAGCAGCAGCCGUUCGGGGGCCCAGGUGGUGUGGGUGUUGGUGGCCCAGGUGGUGGCGGUGGUGGGAUGGACAGAAGAGGAAACCGCCCGCCGUACGGAUCGAAUAUGCCCCAUCCGACUUACGACCAGAUCCACGGCCUCAAGUUCGCUGCGCACGGGCAUGGACAGAGUCAUGGGCAACAUCACAACUAUCACCAGCCACCGCCGCCAGGGGAUACUCGGCUCAACAACUUUGUGAGCGCGUAUAAUAGGGGCGCGGGUGGUGCGAAUGCGAAUGCGAAUGUGAAUAGGCCGGGAGGGGGGAUGGGGAUGGGGAAUGCGCCUCAUCCGAUGUAUCCAGGAGGUGGCCCUGGAGGUGUGCCGCCGCCGCCUUUUGCGCUCCCUCGUCAUCCGAUGGCGGGGCCGGGAUCGAUGCCGAUGGCGGUACCGCCUGGGUUUGGUCCGCCUCCAGGUCAAGGUGCGAGAGGUCCAGGGCCGGGGCAGGGGCAGCGGAGAGAGUGGACCAGUCGUGGUGGUGGUGGUGGAGGAGGAGGAGGCAAGCUGCCGUUGAACCCUGGGUUGCCGCCGAAGCCUGUGGGUGGACCUGUUAGUGGGGGUGUUGCGAUGGGUAUUCCGAAUAGAGAUAGGGAUGGUGGGAGGGAUUACGAUCGAAAUCGAGCGCCACCUCCUCCGCCGUCGUCGAGUGGGGAUGCGUUGAAUUAUGGAUAG